AUGGCCCGCAUUCUUGCUGCCGCUCUGGCUGUUGCACCGCUUGCCGCUUCCCAGUUCGCCUUUGACCCAAGCACAUACGAUGCCAGUCUUCUCGCCGGGAUCAUCUCGGCCAACUACGGCCAGUACCAGCAGCAGUGGGAUGGCUACCUCGAAACUGCCAAAUCCAAGUUCCCAGACGCAUACACGAAGCUCACUGCGUACUUUGGAACCGACAGCAUCCCUGACACAUAUGAUGCAGCCUGGGUCAGCAAGUUUGCUCAGCAGAUGCAAAAGACCGGUCCUACCACCGUUGUUGACAACCAGGUCAACUCGGCCACGUUCAUCUUCACAAGCACCUCGGCUGAUGCGGUAACAAAGUCUGCUACCGGCACUGCUACCGGCACUGCAACUGGAACCGCAACCGGAACCGCAACCGGAAUUGCAACUGAAACUGCGACUAAAACUGACACCGGCACCACUGGAACAACCACACAUGACAAAUCAAGUGCCAAGCCCCCUACAAAGCCAACAUUCACACUGAGCGAUUCUGAUACUGGCUCCAAAUCGGGUUCGCCACCAGGCACAAAGUCCGCCAACGACACGACCGCAGGGUCAACUGCAGGAUCAAAGCCAAAUAGCGCAAGAAUUAACCAGCCCAUGGUCGCCCUCGGCCUGUCUCUGUCUGCAUUGGUCAUACUCUCAUCUGGAAACCUGUUUUAG